AUGGAAUUCACUGAAGUUGCAGAAGGAUUGGUAAUGCAUCAAAUGAAGUAUGCAUCUGAUAUAUUGAAGAGGUUCAACAUGAUGAACUGCAAUCCAUCAUCAUCAACUGCUGAGACUAAUGUAAAACUGGCGAUGAAUGAAGAAGAAGAAUUAGUGGAUCCUACACUAUUCAAACAAAUUGUGGGAUCACUAAGGUAUCUAUACAAUAGUAGGCCAGAUAUUGCAUAUGCAGUAGGAAUCAUAAGCAGGUUCAUGAGUGAACCAAGAGUAUCUCACCUGCUAGCAGCCAAAAGAGUGAUGAGAUACAUCAAAGGAACACUAGAGUUUGGCAUUCUAUUUCCUAGGUGUCUGGAUGAAAACUCUAUGGAAUUAAUAGCUUACUCUAAUGCAGAUUGGUGUGGAGAUAAGCAGGAUAGAAAAAGUACCUCAGGUUACCUAUUCAAGUUUCUGAAUGCCCCAAUUUCAUGGUGUGCUAAGAAGCAACUAGUUGUGGCAUUGUCAACCUUUGAAUCUGAGUAUAUUGCAGGGUGUAUGACAGCAUGUCAGGCAGUAUGGCUUUAA